AGAGAGAGAGAGAGACGCAGGUGGGGAGGGAGGCCGAGCACAUUCCAUAGCAUCGCUGACUGCUCAUGCUGAUUACCUUGCUUCCUCGCUCCCUCCGUCAACAACUUACUGAGGAGCGUUUUCUUGCAGGAGAGCAUGUCAGCUCAGAGCCCCAGCAGGAAAUAACAGACUUCACCUUGGAAUAGUUCAUCUCACUCCAGCAUUACUGAGGAGGAUUCUGCAAAGGAAACAAAAAAUCAAGUCCUCAUUUCAGCUCUACUUUGUUCCAGAAUUGAACAGACACAGUUUCAUGCUCCAGAAUCCCAUCACAGUAAUAUAUAAGAGAAAAACUUUACCAUCGAACAUUUGCAGAGUGAAUUUUAAGGUCGAAAAUGCUUCCCUGUGUUCACAUACUGUGAAGACUUGGACUCAAACCACUCCAGCUUGUAUUCUGCAACUGCUUCAGGAUGUAAAUGCAGUCUGACCUUUCCCUGGUGGGCAGUUAAAUCAUGGACACACUAUACAAUUUACUUUGGACAGUCCUUCCCAAAAUGCUUUGGCUCCUCUCUUGAAUGCUCACUAGGCAUUUGUAGCUGACAAGGACAAGGAAGAAAGCCGUGAACUGGAAAGUUAUCUUACAAUGAAAAUUACGAGCACAUCUUGCAUCUGUCCAGUCCUAGUGUGUCUCUGUUUUGUUCAGAGGUGUUAUGGAACAGCUCACCACAGCUCCAUCAAGGGAACCAGAAACCAAACCAAACACAUUGAAGGGGAAACCGAAGUCCAUCAUCGUCCCAAAAGGGGAUGGGUUUGGAACCAGUUCUUUGUUUUAGAAGAACAUAUGGGACCAGAUCCACAGUACGUUGGAAAACUGCACUCCAAUUCUGACAAAGGGGAUGGGUCUGUCAAGUACAUCCUUACUGGAGAAGGUGCUGGGACUAUCUUUAUCAUCGAUGACACCACGGGUGACAUCCACUCAACCAAAAGCCUAGACCGAGAGCAGAAGACGCAUUACGUGCUCCAUGCCCAGGCGAUUGACAGACGGACCAACAAGCCUCUAGAACCUGAAUCCGAGUUCAUCAUAAAAGUGCAGGACAUCAAUGAUAAUGCUCCCAAGUUCACAGAUGGGCCCUACAUCGUGACUGUGCCUGAAAUGUCAGACAUGGGUACAUCUGUUCUACAGGUGACAGCUACCGACGCGGAUGACCCUACCUACGGAAAUAGUGCUCGGGUAGUUUACAGCAUUCUCCAGGGUCAACCCUACUUCUCCGUAGAUCCGAAAACAGGAGUUAUUCGAACUGCCUUACAUAACAUGGACAGAGAAGCCAGAGAACACUACUCAGUGGUCAUUCAAGCCAAAGACAUGGCCGGGCAAGUUGGAGGCCUCUCCGGGUCCACCACAGUGAACAUCACCCUGACUGACGUCAACGACAACCCCCCACGCUUUCCUCAGAAACACUAUCAGUUGUAUGUUCCUGAGUCAGCUCAAGUUGGUUCAGCUGUUGGGAAAAUCAAGGCAAAUGACGCAGACACGGGUUCAAACGCUGACAUGACAUACUCCAUCAUUAACGGUGAUGGCGUUGGAAUAUUCUCUAUCUCCACCGACAAAGAGACGAGAGAAGGAAUUCUUUCCUUGAAAAAGCCACUGAAUUUUGAGAAAAAGAAGUCAUAUACCCUCAACAUAGAAGGAGCAAAUACACAUCUUGAUUUUCGCUUUUCUCACUUGGGUCCUUUUAAAGAUGCCACCAUGCUGAAGAUCAUUGUUGGAGACGUAGAUGAGCCCCCACUCUUCUCCAUGCCUUCCUACACCAUGGAAGUCUACGAAAAUGCCAAGAUUGGAACUGUUGUUGGCACUGUUUUGGCACAAGAUCCCGACAUUGCUAACAGUGUUGUAAGAUACUUCAUUGACUACCGUGCUGAUGAUGACAGAUCUUUUAACAUCGAUGCUAAUACUGGAACCAUUAAGACUACAAAAAUUCUUGAUAGAGAAGAAACUCCGUGGUACAACAUCACCGUUGCAGCUUCAGAAAUUGACAAUCCUGGUUUGCUGAGUCAUGUCACAGUGGGUAUCAGAGUUCUGGAUGUCAAUGACAAUCCGCCCCAACUUGCCAGGGACUAUGAUAUUGUUGUCUGUGAAAAUUCUAAGCCUGGCCAGGUUAUCCAUACAAUCAGUGCCAUUGAUAAAGACGAUUUUGCCAAUGGACCAAGAUUUAGCUUCUUUCUCGACGAAAGCCUGUCUAUAAACCCCAACUUCACUCUAAAGGACAAUGAAGAUAACACAGCCAGCAUCGUGACCAGGCGGAGGAGAUUUAGUCGCAGUGUUCAGGAUGUGUAUUACCUGCCCGUCCUCGUCUCUGACGGUGGCAUCCCCUCUCUCAGCAGCAGCAGCACCCUCACCAUCAGGGUCUGCGCCUGCGAGCGGGACGGGCGCGUGCGGACCUGCCACGCCGAAGCCUUCCUGUCCUCCGCGGGCCUGAGCACCGGAGCCUUGAUCGCCAUCCUGCUGUGCGUUGUCAUCCUCCUAGCCAUCGUGGUCCUCUUCAUCACCUUGAGACGCGGCAAGAAGGAGCCCUUGAUCAUUUCCGAGGAGGAUGUGCGGGAGAACGUGGUCACCUAUGACGACGAAGGGGGCGGGGAGGAGGACACGGAGGCCUUUGACAUCACUGCCUUGAGGAACCCGUCUGCAGCCGAGGAGUUCAAGUACCGGAGAGACAUCAGACCCGAGGUGAAGCUCACCCCGAGACACCAGACACUGUCUACCCUGGAGAGUAUAGACGUGCAGGAGUUUAUUAAGCAGAGACUGGCAGAAGCCGACCUGGACCCCAGCGUGCCCCCUUAUGACUCUCUUCAGACUUACGCUUACGAGGGGCAGAGGUCCGAGGCGGGGUCCAUCAGCUCCCUGGACUCAGCCACCACCCAAUCGGACCAGGAUUACCACUACCUGGGUGACUGGGGACCCGAGUUUAAAAAGUUAGCUGAACUCUAUGGAGAAAUAGAAUCGGAACGAACAACUUAGGGGGUCCGUUCUGCCCACGCUUUCGUGGAUUUGCUUCCCGAGCAAAUGGAACGAGAAGAAACCUCAGCACUGACCAAGGACAAAGCGAGGCGGGGAGGAGAUGGAGCCUUGGGUACCUACCAGCGGUCCACGGUUCCGGUCGGUCGAAACAAGUGUCCUUUUCGUGAUCAAAACUGGGUUCUUGAGCUGGAAGAAAGGGAACGCAGAAGAAAUCGGCUCCUGUUCCUUGUGUAUAUUUUCAGUUGCUCAAUAAAGUCUGUGCUACUCUUGGAUUAAGAAUAUCUGAAUGAAGCCAAACAUGGAUAUCUGUUUCGAUUAUAUCUUUGGUGAUUUAAUUUAAUUUAAUUUUUUUCGGUUGUUUGUUUUCCUAAGAGCAAAAUGCAACAAAAUGGUUCAAAAUGGAUGUCCAAGGGGUGGUUCACUGCAAAAUGAGACUUGUGGGAGUAAUGAGGACCUCGUGUUCACGGUUUUGCACGGCCCCUUGAGACCCACACUCAGUUCUUUCCAUAGAUCUUAUUAGGCAUUGGGUUUAAAUUAAGGGAAGAUCACCCAUAGGCCAGGACCCGCUGCCAUCGGCUUGUAUGUACCAUUGUCUUUUCUUUGCCCUCCCCACUUAUUUUCUCCAUACAAAAUUGAUGGAGCACGGGGAUUUGCUGCUUGCACUAUGCUUUAUGCAACUCUGCACCUCGUGGGCACUGCUCAGAAGUGCACAAACCAUUGCCUCGUCUCACCCUCCUCACUUGACCGUUAUUUUGAUAAGAAGCCCUUUGAAAACGAGAGAGAAAGAAUGGUUCUAGGUGUACUGAGAUAAUAUGCUAUAGCAGGGAAAGACUGGGCUAGAAUAAAAGAUUACCAGUCUUAGCCUAUGUGAUAAGCUAGGGAAACACAAUUCUUUUUGUUUUUCCCAUUUAUUUCAUUGCAAUUAAAUCAGCAGUGUAGAUCAUUCCCACAACUAAAAUAAGGUCUCUUUUCUUUUUUUUUUUAUCAAAUUAUCUUGUGGUUAUUUUAUGCUUCAGUCUUAUUUACUUAUUUACAACCUGCACUGUAGCACUGUCAUCCCGUUGUUCAUCGAAUUGCUCAAGCGGGCAGAUGUAACAUCUCCGUUGUGAGACUUGUUGUUACUGUUUUUGGCAUAUUGAAUACGCCCAGGUAGCUUGCCAGAGUCUGCCAUGUGGGCAGGAUACUCUCCAUAGCUUGCCGGGCUCUCUGAGAGGGAUGGAGGAAUCAAACCCGGGUUGGCCACAUGGAAGACAAAGGCCCUACCCUCUGUGCUAUCACUCCAGUAGGUUUACAACCUAGAACUCCUAAAAUGACAAACUUCUGGAAGUGCUUAAGUGUAGACUGAAAAUAAUGAGCCUCAAUUCACCUCACCUUAAUGGGUUUAAGAUUAGCUGGCCUUUAUUCUUUCCAUAUCCUCAGGCUUUCCCAUUUCACUGACUGAUUAGCCUUUGCAUAGUUAAGGGACUACAGGAAUUGGUAAGAUUACCGAUUCCAAAAGUGAAUAAAAUGGGGGAAAAAAGGAGAUUAGCAUAUUUUAUCCUCUGACAUAUGUUCCAAAGUCUCCGAGCUUUAAAGGUAUCAAACUAGAAAGCAGAGAUGACAAGUAACUCCCAACUCAUCUCCUGGGAUGUAAAGGAUAAAUGUAGGAAAGAAAAGCAUCUAUAAAAUCCUUUAUCAACUGCAAUAUGUUCUGUAAUAUAAGAUCUCCAAACAUUAAUUUUCUAAUUCUAUUAGUCUAUAAAAUAUAAUCAUACAUUUGAAUAAUAUAUAUUAUUUUGGGAAAACUUUAUAAAAAUCUCCAUGGUGAAACAAAUAACUACUGAAUAUAUAAUAUGCAAGUUUAAUGAUUUUGCUAUCUUCCCAAUAAGCUAAUUUUCUUAUAAGUUCUAACUUUUAUUCUCCUCAAACUUGAUUUUUUUUAUUGUUGCAAUUGGUCUUGAAAUUAGAAUUUAUAGCAUGAUGAUUCUAUACUACAAAACUGGUCAGAAUUAUGUAUGUCAGAUAAAUUGGAGUUUUGCAACCUACAAAAUCAGAAUUCUUUCAAGGGGACGUUUUCCUUUGCUCUUUUAAGUUAUCACAAUCUAAUGUCUCUAAAAGUUCUAUGAUGUCUUAUGUCUGAUUCCACCUAUGUGCAACAUUUUGAAAUUUGCCUCUGUUUGCAAUGGCCCUGCGCUGUCAUAUGAGUAUUGGAGGUAUGAGAAGAAAGUUUUAUUUGUAUGAUUCUUAAUUUUGUGUUUUAAACCUAAGGAAUAAAAUUCAAUUUAAGUUUUUUA